GCAUCCCGCUCGGCCCUGCCCCCGAGCCCCACCUACUGAACCCCACCAGCGCCGGUAGCAUCUAGCGUCCCCUACGGGCCCCGGGUCGGCUUCCGCGGUCGCCAUGACGGCGGCCGUGUUCUUCGGCUGCGCCUUCAUCGCCUUCGGGCCUGCGCUCGCCCUCUAUGUCUUCACCAUCGCCACCGAGCCGCUGCGUAUCAUCUUCCUCAUCGCCGGAGCUUUCUUCUGGUUGGUGUCUCUGCUGAUUUCAUCGUUUGUUUGGUUCAUGGCAAGAGUCAUUACUGACAACAAAGAUGGACCAAUACAGAAAUAUCUGCUGAUCUUUGGAGCAUUGGUCUCAGUCUUUAUCCAAGAAAUGUUCCGAUUUGCAUAUUAUAGACUCCUAAAAAAAGCCAGUGAGGGUUUGAAGAGUAUAAACCCAGGUGAGACAGCACCCUCUAUGCGACUGCUGGCCUAUGUUUCUGGCUUGGGCUUUGGAAUCAUGAGUGGAGUAUUUUCCUUUGUGAAUACCCUAUCUGACUCAUUGGGGCCAGGCACAGUGGGCAUUCAUGGAGAUUCUCCUCAGUUCUUCCUUAAUUCAGCUUUCAUGACGCUGGUCAUCAUCCUGCUGCAUGUGUUCUGGGGCAUUGUCUUUUUUGAUGGCUGUGAGAGGAAAAAGUGGUACAUCCUCCUUAUAGUUCUCCUGACCCAUCUGCUGGUAUCAGCCCAGACCUUCAUAAGUCCUCAUUAUGGAAUAAACCUGGGGUCGGCAUUUAUAAUCCUGGUGCUCAUGGGCAUCUGGGCAUUCUUUGUUGCGGGAGGCAGCUGCCGAAGCCUGAAACUCUGCCUACUCUGCCAAGACAAGGACUUUCUUCUUUACAACCAGCGCUCCAGAUAACCUCUGGGAACCAGAGCUUCCCAAACUGCGGACUACAUCUUUAGAGGAAGCACAACUGUGCCUUUUUCUAAAAAUCCCUUUUUCUGGUGGAAUUGAGAAAAAAACUAUCCAGAUACGAGUUCCAUUCACUUGGCUUUCUCGCAACCACUCUCCGAAAAGGAUGCCUCAGUGGUGCACGUCCUGGCUGCACGAGGAUCACCUGGGGCAAUGUAAAGCUUCUGGUUCUGGACUCCACCCUCCAGAGUUAAUUGGCCUGGGCACGAGGUUGAGUUUUAAAAGCUUCCCAGGUGAUUCCGAUGUGCAGCCAGGCAGAGAACCACUGGUUUGGUAUCCAAAUAGGAGCUUCCUGAGAACGCCAUAAGUGAAUGAGUCUGUUUAACUGUCUCCUAACUCAACUUGUGCUGAGCAAGUAAGUAUCUGAAUGUCAAAUCCUGGUUAACUUUUAUCUCUCUCAGUUCUGAAGUCACAAGAGGCUAAAGGGCUAUCACCCCUGUUAAGUGUUUUUGUGUACUUCACCAUCUUAGAGAACACGGUAGGCUGUGCUUCUAAAUCCAAUAAUAAAUUACACUGACUAUCAUAAUUUAGCCAAAGUCAGAUACUGAUGAAGUCGUAUUUUUCUGAAGUUCUUCAAUUCUGGGUUUUGCCUUCUGAGGCAUUACAUUGUUUUUGAGUAUAGAUUACAUUUUAUUCACUAAAAAUGACUGUUUUCAACCUCCUGGGGAAGUUAUUCUAAAAUCAAGAAUUUUUAUGCAAUGUCUAUAAUUCCUUCCCCUGUUUAAAGCUUUUCAAUGGGCUUUGCCCCAAGGCCGUUGGCGGCAGCGUUGACCAUCUGAGUGCCAGUUGCUGUGCUGGUUGAGGUGAAAUGCAUUCUUUUAUCUCUGAGCAGCGGAGCUGAGUGGUGUGUCCUGGGACAGGCUUCACUGGAGCUGGUGGAAGUACAAUUAGAAGCAGGAGGAUAUGAGCCAAAAGGGGGUUGUUGAUGGUUUUCAUUUGUUCAUGUGAUACUAACAAACACUUUCAUCCAAAUGGUUUAAUGUAAAGUUGGAACUAGAUCUUAAACUGCCGAAUCUCACACUAUUACAUAAUCCUUAUGAUCUUCAUAUCUAGUCAAUGUCUCUGGGUUUUGGUACUAGAUACAGCAUUCCCUUUACAGGAAUACCCAAGGUGUUCUUUCAGCUUCCAGAUAACUGCUUUGAUUUCCUUUAUAAAGGGAGAAUGCCAGCAAAUCGUGCCUUUACUAUUAGAAAUUGUUCCCAGUUGAUGUCUUUUGGGGAGCUGGUAGCGUGAAAUGCAAAUGACCUAUACAUUAAAGUGAUGUCUCAGUGAAUACCAUACAUGCAGUAGAACAUUCAAAAGAGAAGAGCAGCAAUGCUGAGGGGCUGGGGGCGUGACAGUGGCAGGACAGAUGGCUGGGUUUAACAGAUUGUGGUGGGAAGAAGAAUGAACAUGUUUAAAACAAACAUAGCCAGGGUUUUGGGCUAGCCACACAUCAUUCCAGAGGCUAAAACCUUGAACUAGACCUUUAUCAAUAUCAGUGAACCCUCAUGUUUAAAAUAUUAGAAUGUCCCAGUCUAAUAGAGAUAAAGAAGAG